AUGAUUAACGAAGAAGUUGGACAACAUGAGAUAAAUGAAGAUUACAAUACAGAUGAGUUGUCUUCAAAUGUAGAUAGUGAUGAGGAUGUGAGUGAGAAUAAGAGGCAGUUUGUAAAGUAUAGAGCAGAAGAUAUGACCAAGGGGUUCAAAUUUAAAUUGGGAAUGGAGUUUAAGCCUUUGAAAGAUUUUAAGAGUGCGCUAAAGGAGCAUAGCGUUUUAAAUGGAAAAGAAGUGAAGUUUGUGAAGAAUGAUUUGAAGAGAGUGAGGGCAGUUUGUAAGAAGGGAUGUGGUUUUCUAAUUAUGGCUAGCAAGGUAGGAGGUAGGCAAACCUUUAGAGUGAAAACUCUAGUUGGGCACAAAUGUGGAAGGGUUUUUGGUAACAAAAGUGCAAGUGUACAAUGGAUUGCACAAGUAUUGGUUGACAGAUUUGUGAAUGUAGGAGGCAUGAUAAUGAUCCAAAUCAUAGAUGAAAUAAAAAAAUCAUAUAGUGUUGGAAUAACACAUUGGAAGGCAGAAAGAGCUAAGCAAAUUAAAAUGGAUUCUUUAGUGGGUGAUGGAAAACGAAAAUAUGGUCGUCUUUAUGAUUAUAUGACUGAGUUGUUAAGAGUGAAGGCUAGAACCUUCAAGAUUAAGGUCAAUCAACCCCAACCCACCUUGGCACCAAGGUUUGGGUCAUUUUACAUGUGUUUAGAUGGUUGUAAGCAGGGUUUUUUAGGUAGUUGCAGACCAUUCAUAGGGGUAGAUGGUUGUCAUUUGAAGACAACAUGUGGAGGUCAGUUGUUAGUGGCAGUAGGAAGAGACCCUAAUGACCAAUAUUUUCCACUAGCUUUUGUUGUUGUAGAAAAUGAAUGUAAAGACACAUGGAGGUGGUUUUUAACACUGCUGCUUGAUGAUAUUGAGGGCAUAGAUUGUCAAAGGUGGAUCUUUAUUUCGGAUCAGCAAAAGGGAUUAAUGACAACUUUUUAUGAUAUCUUGAAUGGGGUGGAGCACAGGCUGUGUUUACGCCAUUUGUACAAUAACUACAAGAAGAAAUUUGGUGGAGGCCUGCUCAUUAGAGACCUUAUGAUGAGGGCUGCCAAGGAAACAUACAUUCAGGAAUGGGGAAAAAAAAUAGGUGAGUUAAAGAAUGUGAAUCAUGAUGCUUAUAAUUGGUUAAUGACUAUACGAACUAAAUCUUGGUGUAAACAUGCUUUUAGUGCUUAUCCUAGAUGUGACGUGUUGAUCAAUAACUUGUUUGAGUCAUUUAAUAGUACCAUUUUACUGGCAAGAGACAAACCAAUAAUUACAAUGAUGGAAUGGAUUCGGUCAUACAUAAUGAGUAGGUUUGCAACCCUUAGAGAAAAAGCUAACACAUAUCCUAGUGAUGUUAUGCCUAAACCGAGAAAGAGGUUGGAUAGGGAAGUUGAAAAGAGUGGGAAUUGGCUUCCAGUUUGGGCAGGGGGUUCACAAGUUGAAGUUACUCAUGGCUUUACAAUGGACAAGUUUGUAGUUGAUCUCAGUAAUCACACUUGUACUUGUUACUUUUGGGAUUUAGUAGGAAUACCUUGUAGACAUGUUGCUGCCAUUCAUUACAGAACAACAUGUUGA